GUGAACGCGGCGUGUCACGUGACAGGCUGUGACAGCUCAGAGAAGGAACUCCAACAUGGCGGUGUGCAUAUCAGUGAUAGCUAAAGAGAACUACCCGCUGUACAUCCGCAGUGUGCCCACUCAGAAUGAGCUGAAGUUCCACUACACAGUGCACACCUCUCUGGAUGUGGUGGAGGAGAAGAUCUCAGCUGUGGGCAAGUCCCUGGGAGACCAGAGGGAGCUGUACCUGGGUCUGCUCUACCCCACUGAAGACUACAAAGUAUAUGGAUAUGUAACUAACUCCAAGGUGAAAUUUGUUAUCGUUGUGGACUCAUCAAAUACAUCAUUGCGGGACAAUGAAAUAAGAAGUAUGUUCAGAAAAUUGCACAACUCUUUUACUGAUGUAAUGUGCAACCCGUUUCACAAUCCUGGGGACACCAUUCAGUCCAAGGUCUUCGAUGGAAUUGUUUCAGGAAUGAUGGUGCAAGCUGGCUGACGGCCCUUCCUACCCUUCCUGCUCAGCUACCUCUGUACAUAAUACCCCUCCUCUUUUGCCUCCAAAUUUGAAAUGUAUAACUAUUAAAUUUUGUUGUUGUUGCACAUCA